AUGGCCAACGAAUCAAGAAUCUACCGCACCGCUCUCGAGAUGGCCAUCAUCUCGAUGGUCAUAUAUAUCCUUGUCGGAGCUCCUGGAUUAUCAUCAUCAUCUUCUUCUCCUUCUUCUUCUUCUUCUUCUUCUUCUUCCUCACACGACAAUUCCAAUUCCGAUUCGGCAACUUCUGGUCUUUUCUCCAAUUCCGACAAAAAAGUCAAGAUCGAACAUCUCGUCUACCCAUCCAAGAAUUUGACCUGUCCCAAACACGACUACACCACCCACAUCUUCUCCACGAGUCCAUUAGUCAUCUACAUUGAAGACUUUCUCAGCGCAGAAGAAGUCGAACAUUUGAUUGCAUUGAGCACAAACAACUGGACCCCCUCAACAAUCUUCAACGCAGGCCUCGAAACCACCGACCCCAAAAUUCGCAAAUCCGAAAAAGCCUCCAUCCCGCGCUCCCGCCUCGUGCAAUGUAUCGAACAACGUGCUCUAGCCUUCCAAGGCUGGCCUCGAGAUACCUUCAUCGAAAGACUGUGGACGCAAAGAUAUAAUGUUUCGGGUCAUUAUCGUUUACAUUAUGAUUGGGCUUCAUCGUCGAAGCAUUCGAGGCGCGUGAGUAGUUUUAUGGUGUAUCUUUCUUCUGGGGAGGGGUUGAGAGGGGGUGGGACGAGAUUUCCGAGGUUGAGUGGGCCGAGUGGAAAGGGGAAUGGUGGAGAGAUGUGGUGUGAAUUUGUUGAGUGUUAUGAUGAUGAUGAUGAUCAUCAUCAUCAGAAUGAGGGAAAAGGUCAAAAGGAAGAUGGUGGUGGAGUCACGUUCAAACCGAGAAAAGGAAGUGCAGUAUUUUGGAUGAAUUUCGACGAGCAAGGACGAGGUUACAAAGAGACGAUUCAUGCGGGAAUGCCGGUUCUCGAAGGUCAGAAGAUUGGUUUGAAUAUUUGGACUUGGUAUCAAGCCGGUCAUAGAGCACCAGAGUCGGCGGGAGAUGAGGAAGUGGGGAGUGGGACAUGA